GCACGUGCUUGAGUGUGAGAGAGUGGGAGCGGUUGCCGUGCUGUGGAGAAUACACAUGUUUGUGUAGCUAAGACUCUUGGGUAACAAUAUUUCCAAAGGUUGUAAGUAUUUUCUGCAAGCGUUUGAUCAAACGAGGAGUUGCAGGUCAUUGGGCAGGAGGCCGAAAUGACCUGAUUUUUCCUGGUGUACUGAGGCUAGCUGAUCAGAUAUGCAGGUUCACAAGCAUGCUUUAUUGUCAAGUUGGGAGGUGGUAGGGCUGUGAUGGCGUUCGCGGAGCUCAAGCUGUCUGACUGGAUGCUGGACCAGCUCAAGGUUUUGGGGCUUCGAACUCCAACUGACGUACAGCUAAGGACUAUUCCGAAAAUUUUGGAAGGGUUUGACUGCAUUGCAUGUGCGAAGACAGGUUCCGGAAAAACUUUGGCCUUUGCUCUUCCCAUACUGGAAGAACUCAGCAAAGAUCCAUAUGGUAUAUUCGCGCUGGUGCUGACGCCGACGCGGGAGCUGGCGCUGCAGAUCGCCGACCAGUUCCGGAUCCUGGGCCGGCCGAUCGGGCUCCAGGACGCCGUGGUGAUCGGCGGCCAGGACAUGGUGGAGCAGGGCGCCAGCCUGCAGCGGCGGCCGCACGUGGUUAUCGCCACGCCCGGCAGACUUGUGGACCACCUGACGUCCUGUGACACGUUCUCGCUGAAGAAGGUGAAAUUCCUGGUGCUGGACGAGGCGGACCGGUUGAUCGCCGGCCGCUUCGACGACGACCUGGCCACCAUCUUCGGCGCGCUCCCGCAGCGCCGCCAAACGCUGCUGUUCAGCGCCACGUGCAACGACACGCUCCGCCAGCUGGAGGGCAUCGCCAACAGCGAGUGUUUCUACUAUGAGAACAUGGGUGAGGUGGCCACCGUAGACCAGCUGCUGCAGGAGUACGUGCUGUGCGCGAGGGAUGUAAAGGACCCCACGCUGGUCCACCUUGUGCACACCUUCCUCGAGAACAAGACGGGACAAGUGAUUGUUUUCACCAACAAAUGCCGAUCGAGCACAGUCAUGUCCAUGACCUUGAAUCGAAUGGGCGUGCCGUCGAUCGCUCUGCACUCGCAGAUCAAGCAGCGGGAACGGACCGCCUCACUGGCCAAGUUUAAGUCCAACACGGUGCGCGUGCUCUUCACCACAGACGUGGGCAGCAGAGGCCUGGACAUCCCACUGGUGGACAUGAUCAUCAACUACGACCUGCCAAGCGUGCCCAAGGAAUACAUCCACCGGGUGGGGCGGACGGCGCGCGCAGGCCGCCGCGGCCAGGCCGUCUCGAUCAUCACACCGUCCGAACUCCAUCUGAUGACACAGAUCGAGGCCACCGUCGGCAGCCAGCUGCAGCAGCGGCACAUUGACGACAAAGAGAUUGUCAAGAUCGUGACGGAGGUGCAGGUAACAAAGCGGGCCCAGGAGCUGAAGGUGACCGACAGCGAAGUUGUGGAGCGUCGGAGGAUCAACAAGCUGAAAGACCUCAUUCUGAAAGGUCUGGAUCCAGAAGCAGCAGCGCGAGCCAUGGAAGCAGUCUCUCAAAAGAGUGCAGGAAAACGGAAAAAGUCGAACGCGAACGCUGGACCGUCGGUCAAAAGGAGAACCGGUGCGGAAGGUGCUCGCCUAUCAGCUAAGAAGAAAAGUGCCUCAUCGACGUGAUGAAUGUGAAAACCGUUCGUUGUCAUGCACGCCAUAUAUGUUCACUGUCUGCCGGAGAAUACAUGUCUAAGAUGCAA